UGCUCCAGAACCAGUCAGCGGCUCAAUGACAUUUUUGAGAAGCCUUUCGAGAGGAAUUGUGUCGGAUCAUGCAUUCCUGACACCCCGCUUCCGCCCAACUGUGCCACCUCGCAGCUCUCCCUUGCGUCACCUCCAUUCCUCCCUCACCCACAGCAGACGUUGCUGCUCGACCUCCACGGCCUCUAUUCCUCAGUCCCAGUCACGUAACAGCUUUACCACUUCUCAUCCAGCCAGACUUGCAAUGGAUGUGCAAACAAAGCAACAUUAUCUAGCUGAUUCGCCCCCCACAGUGGUCAGGCUGGAAAUCAAGCCGCACUUUGAUAACCUCAAAGAUGAGAAUUUGAGGAAAUACGCGCAUUAUAUGAGCAGGGCUGCUUUCCAAGGUACUCGCAUCACGUUACGCCAGGUCUCGCCCGAAUCGGAACCUAUCUACGAUCUCAUACUCUCACUCUACCGCGCGUGUAAUGGGGACUGGAACAGUCUGGUGCAGAGGACGAAUGUCAGCCCUGAGAAUCUCCGAUACUUCCUUGAAUAUGCCGCACAAUUCUUGGGAAACUGUGGUAACUACAAAGGCUUUGGGGACUCUAAGUUCAUCCCGAGAUUGCCAGCUUCCGCCUUUGAGGCGCUUGCUUCUGUGACGCCGGAAACAAAGGCGCUAUUUGAGAAAGCGAGCAAGACCGGCGGUGGGAUCUAUGAGACACAGGAGCAGACGUAUAUGCACCUUGGGUAUCCAGAGCACGGCCACAUGACAACCUACUAUCCCGACUCGCCCUCUAUCACGAAGGCUGAAAUAGACGCCAUUGGUGAAUUUCUAGAACAGAAGCAACUACCUUUGGAAAACACCAGACUCAGGAAAACACCCACUGGCGAUUUCGAGCUUUUGAUCGCUUCCGGUAUCUCCUCCCCACCGCGGCGGGACCGGGACCUAGGCGACGAAGACUCGUGGGAUUUGGAUGGAGAAUUGCAGGGCAAGAAACUCCGUUUGGUAUUUGGGGAUUACCUCAACGAGAUGGCUAAAGUUGCCCACGACGUUAAGCUGGCAGGACUCAACGCGGCGAACGAAAACCAGAAGAAAAUGCUUGAUGCGUAUGCCAAGUCAUUUGCCACUGGUUCUAUCGAAUCAUUCAAGGAAGCUCAAAGGAUCUGGGUCAAGGAUCAAGGGCCAAUCUUAGAAACGAACCUGGGAUUUGUAGAGACUUAUAGAGAUCCCCAUGGUGUUAGGGGAGAAUGGGAAGGUUUUGUCGCUUUGGUUAAUUUCGAGCGAACUCAGGCUUUUGGGAAGCUAGUCGCCAGCGCUGAAUGCAUGAUCUCCGAGCUUCCCUGGGAGAAGGAGUUUGAAAAGGACAAAUUCCUCAGCCCAGACUUCACAUCUUUGGAGGUCCUGAGCUUUCAAUCAACUGGUCUUCCGGCUGGUAUCAACUUGCCAAACUAUGAUGAUAUCCGCCAGAAUCUGGGAUUCAAGAACGUCUCACUGGGCAAUGUGCUAAGUGCUAAAGCACCGAACGAACCGGUCCCUUUUAUUGCGGAGAAAGAUCUUGAUGUCUACCGCAGGUGUAGAGAUGCUGCUUUCGAAGUGCAGGUUGGACUGCACGAACUUCUCGGCCACGGUACUGGCAAACUGCUGCAGGAGACUGCUCCUGGGGAGUAUAACUUUGAUGUGUCGAACCCUCCGAUUAGCCCUAUUACGAACAAGCCAAUCUCAACCUGGUAUAAACCUGGGCAGACAUGGAGCUCUGUAUUCGGUGCUAUUGCAUCAUCCUACGAAGAAUGCAGAGCUGAAUGUGUGGCUAUGGUGCUCAGCUGCGACUUCAGAAUUCUGAAGAUCUUUGGCUUCGGUGAUGGAAAAGAAAACCUGAACAACGACGCUGGUGACGUACUAUUCGCGGGAUACCUACAGAUGGCUCGCGCUGGUCUAGUUGCGCUAGAGCACUGGGAUCCUAAGACUAAGAAAUGGGGGCAAGCUCAUAUGCAAGCACGGUAUAGCAUUCUACAAGCAUUCCUUGGUGCGGGAGAUGACUUCGUCAAGCUGGUCUAUACCAAGGAAGAUCUAUCCGACCUGGAAAUCCAUCUGGACCGGUCCAAGAUAUUGACCCAUGGACGGCCGGCCGUGGCAAAGUAUCUGCAGAAGCUGCAUAUAUAUAAGACAACGGCAGACGUGGAAGCAGGCAAAAAGCUGUACGACGAGGUCACGUCUGUGGAUGAGUGGUGGGGAACUAAAGUGCGUGAUAUAGUCCUGCGGAACAAAGUGCCUCGCAAGGUCUUCGUCCAAGCCAACACGAUUUUGGAUGGGGAUACAGUAAGUUUGAAGGAAUACGAACCCACGCUUGAGGGCAUGAUCCAGAGCUUUGCCGAACGGGAUGCUUAGACCGGUUUCUGGUGUCGUUCUCUGUGGACUCAUCUUGUUCGGUGGGCAGCUAAAUAAACAGUCUUGGGGAGGAAAAGAAAUUUGACUUCGUUCAAGGCCUGUCCAUGGGAAAGACUCAUUUCAGAACUCGUUCGUAAUACCAGACGAGCCUCUCG